AUGACAAUGGCCGAUGAUAAAAUCCCAACCGUAAUUAAGCGGCCCCUUCCAAAUGCAGUCACUUACGAUCUAUCAACGACCGGGCAAGUAAAGAUCACGCUCCCAGAGUCUUCGACGUGGUCAAGCGGCCUGCAUUGGCACGAAACCCACGACGAGUACCUCAAGGUAAUCAAGGGUACAAUUCGCGUACAGCUCGGGAGUUCGAUACAAUACAUCAGCGCAACCGAAAAUGGGCAGCCUGAGAUCAAGGUUGCACGCUAUGUGUGGCACGAGUGGCAGCGCGCAGGCCCUGAUGGAGAAGUGGUGGUAAUUGAGAGGACAGAGCCUGACGAUAAUGAAAAGGCCAUCUUCUUUUGGAAUCUCAACGGAGUCAUCCUGAAUGCCCCAAAGCUGUUGAAUGACCCUUCAUCUUUUAUCUCACGGCUACCUCGCAGGGUUCAGGGCCUGGCCCUUGACUUUUGGAUCACUCUCAACCUCUUUGUCAUUUUCAAGCAUCUCGACAAUAUCCCCGUUUUUUUAAAUGUGCCAAACUUUGCCAACGCAUCUAACGACACUCUCCUAUCCUGGCUACGGGGUUUGGACUGGCUGGUAUCUCACGUUGUGUUGUUUCUAGCAUCAUGGGGAGGGUGGGCGCUUGGAAUACAGCCAGUCAAUAGGCAGUUUACUCCUGCUGAUGUCUACACGAAAUGGUGGUCAAAAACAGACAAGGCAGGGACAAAGACGGAUUAG